AUGAGGGGGAGAGAGAGAACAGGGUGCUACACGAAGAAUGGGGAAUGGGGAAGGCUUAUAAGACUUUCACGCAAUUCUCCUGCUUAUCGUAUAUGGACUAUUUUCCGGAUCUUUUUUUACGAAUUCAGUCAUGUCGAAACAAGACGACGAGAACGCGACGGUGAAACUGGAAGAACAAAAGCGGAAAUAUAUCAGUGUUUUAAAUGGUUGCUUUGGAUAUGUUGUAUAUCGGUUGGUUUACUUGCGUGUUGGGUAGGAAAAGUACAGUACUAUGCUGUCGGAAAUACUAACGAUGGUAGUGACAAUAUUCAUAGAGACAGUAGAUAUAGGAGUUUUAAAGCAUUUGACCAAGAUCGUGAUGGUUUUAUUUCGGAGCCGGAGUUUGAACAAAUCCAUCGUCGCUUGAUUAACACUCAACCAGAGGAGAGGUCUCAAAUUGUGUUAGAUGAAUUAAAACGUAUUGAAGAGGAACAAGGAAAACUCCACGACCUUAUAAAUGAUCUACAGUUAAAACUUACAGACUCCGAGUUGGCUCAAUGGGGACCCUGGAGCACGUGGAGCGACUGUUACAUGAGUUGCACUGGUAAACAUGGUGGUCGUUUACAGAAUCGUUCAAGGGAGACAAAAUCAAAGUCGGUCGUACAGGGUCAUCAAAAAGAGACUGAGGAACGCCCAUGCAAUGCUGUACAAUUCGCAGGUUGCAUUAAAAGUUAUGGAACAGAUGAUAAUUUUGGUGUAAACUACGACUUCGCCGAUCAAAUGGCAGUUGCCACGUGCACCGCCCUUGCAGUAGACGGCUAUAUCCACGCUGUUAGACGGAGGUGCUCUUCGCUGUCGGUCUCGUGCGCGGAGACGUGUAAGCAAAUAGGUGGAACAUGUUUCAAUUCUCUACACAUUUAUAGAGGGUCACAAGUUUUGCUGAGAGACGUUCACGGUUCUAAGGGAUUAUAUGCUUACAAGUACAACGCUUGUGGUGGUGGAUGUGGUCCAAACUUUUGUUGUUGUCGGUCUUUAAAACCUUAAUUGUUCAUUGUCGUGUCACAAACAUUUCUUUGUAACAGAAAAUGGAUUCGAAUUACUGGAGUCUAUGCAUCUCUUACCUGUAGAAGUUGAGUUGGUUUUGACACCUGGUG